GUAUUAUUACCUUGCAUUCAAGGCACAUGAGACUCCCCUUGGUAGCAGAGAAAACUGUCUCGCCAUUUUGGAGAAAUCUAAACUAGACAACUGGAUUCUUGGGAAAACCAAGGUUUUUCUGAAGUAUUACCAUAUAGAGCAGUUAAAUUUGUUCCUGCGAGAAGUUAUAGGCAGGGUGGUGGUCAUGCAAGCCUAUAUCAAGGGAUGGCUUGGAGCAAGGAGAUACAAGAAAGUCAGAGAUAAAAGAGAAAUCAGUGCUAUUACCAUACAAGCAGCCUGGAGAGGAUAUGAAGCUCGCAGGAAGUACAAGGAAAUAAGGAACAGAAGAACUGAUGCUGCUAUACAUAUUCAAGCAGCUUUCAGGGGAUAUCUUGUUCGUAAAAACUAUGCAAAAUUGAAAACCAGCACUGAGUGUGUUGCAGAUCCUCAGCUUACAAGCAGCUGCUCUACUUGUGAUUUUGGCUGUGAAGAAGAUGGGCAGCAAACCAGUAACCAGUCUUCUCCUGUGGUGCCUGAUUUUCUUGACAAACAAACAAAAAAGAAUGAUUUGGAUGAGAUUUCUGCUUCUCCAUUUGUUCUAAAACAUUCAUUCGAAAUGAAUGAUUCACAACCAAUUAGCCAAUCCCAGGCAGUUGCAGACCAGUCAAGUCCCUUGAGAGACCAUGAAAAUGGAGGUUCAGAAAACUGUCUUGAACAGAAGCUGAGAACACCUCGUCGACGAUGUCAGCAGCCCAAAAUGCUGAAUAGCCCUGAGGACAACAUGUACUAUAACCAGUUAAAUGGAACUCUAGAAUAUCAAGGGAGCAAGAGGAAGCCAAGAAAACUUGGCCAAAUCAAAGUGCUGGAUGGAGAGGAUGAGUACUACAAAUCAUUGUCAGCUGUUGAAUCUGUCCCUGAAGAUGACAACUUUCUCAGCUCCCCAUCUCCUCCUUCUUCUCGAGGUGUGUCUUUUGCUGAAAGUUGAAUCUCACUUACUGUAUUGA